AUGGGGGGGGGGGGGUUUCUGGAGUUGAACCGACAACUCUGGACCUCUGUUGACAACGUCGCUAGGGAGCUGGCAAUUGAGAACUCUCCGCUGGCAAAGGGAAUUAUAAAGGACGUAACUGGCUGCGCGUACAAGCAAGGCACUGCUGAGCGGCAGAAGCUCCGGCAGUCGCUUAAGCGAGGAGACGCUGUUGGCUUUGGCCAGGUCAUGGAGAACGCGUGGGCGCUCAAGGAGGCAUAUAUUGAGGUCAUCUACGUCGACUUUGACGUCUCGCUCGCGGUCGAGUCUCCAGAAAUGAGCCCAGUCAGCCAUGAACGUAGUAGCUCCCAGGGCCAGUUUCGACUUACUGCAACACAGAGGCAGUUGCAAGAGCUGCCAGAGGUGCUCGCCGGCCAUGCCCUCGCCGAGGGACCCUAA